AUGGCCCAUUUGCUAGCGUCGCUCAACUCAAAAGAUGAAGUACAUCUACUCAUAGGAUACUCAAAUGUCACCAAUCUACGAAUCACCUCCAUCAUCCAAGCUCAGGCAUAUCCCAUACUAGUGCUACCUCAAAGCACAAAAUUAUCACCCUCGAUCCAAUCUCUUGUGGAGGAAGGCAAGCUCAAACUCGUCCACCACCCUGACGAAGAAGAAGAAGCCAUAUCAAAUACACAAAUUCACCAAUAUCUCACUAGUUUAGGCAGGCACGAAGUUGAUCAUGUGGUUGAUCGAGUAUACGUGACACUCCGACAAUCUCAACUAGCCAUCAAAAAACAAAUUUAUGAGCAAUGCCGCAAGUUGCGUACCCCUAUCAAUACCACAGAUAGUCCCGACUUGUGCACAUUCACAUUGCUUUCAACUCACACGCUGGGGGAUUUCCAAAUGGGAGUCACCACCAACGGCAAGGGUUGCAAAUUAGCUUCCAGGUUGAAGCGAGAAAUCGUUAGCCACUUGCCCGCGAACAUCGACAAGAUAUGCGAUAAAGUUGGCCAGUUGAGAAGUCAAAUCCAAAUUCAAGAUCAAUUAAGUUUGGACGAGAUGGAAAUGGGUGAACAUGAUGACGAUUCAGUCACAAAUCAUAAACUCAAUAACCUAGUUUACGAGUUUGACCAAACUCAGGAAGAGAUGAAAUUGAGACGAAAUAGAUGGCUAUCGCAGAUAGUCGAGUAUUAUCCAUUGCUGAAAUUGGCAGACUUGUCAAUUGAAGAUUUGAAAGUUGCCUAUAAGGAAGACCAAUCGGAACAAUCGCAAUCGCCAUUUUCAGUUUCUUCAUCAUCAUUGACCAAAAGGAAAGGCCAGAUUGCGUUGGUGGGAAGCGGACCAGGAUCAGUGUCGUUGCUCACUUUAGGAGCACUACAAGCCAUAAACCAAGCCGAUCUAAUCCUCGCCGACAAACUCGUGCCGCAGCAAGUACUCGAUCUAAUCCCCAAAACCCACGGACCAAAAUUAUUCAUAGCUCGCAAAUUCCCCGGAAACGCCGAAAAAGCUCAAGAAGAACUCCUUUCCUUAGCCCUUGAAGCCUUGAAGCAAGGUCAAUCAGUAAUACGAUUAAAACAAGGCGAUCCAUACAUUUUCGGCCGCGGAGGAGAAGAAUUUAAAUUUUUCCAACAACACGGCUUUGAACCCACGGUGAUCCCUGGUAUCUCAUCCGCGUUAGCUGCUCCCGUGCUAGCGCAGAUUCCCAUGACGCACAGAGACGUUGCCGACCAAGUGUUGAUCUGUACCGGCACGGGCCGCAAGGGCGCAGUGCCGAAUUUGCCUCAGUUUGAACCGUCACGCACCACCGUGUUUCUCAUGGCUUUGCAUCGUAUUGUUGAAUUGAUUCCCGUGUUGGUGGACCAGCGCGGCUGGGUGCCGGAUCUACCCGUGGCGAUUAUUGAACGUGCUAGUUGUCCUGACCAGCGCGUGAUUAGGACCACGUUGGCUAAAGUGGGCCAAGCUGUGGAAAGUUUGGGGUCGAGACCUCCCGGAUUGUUGGUUACUGGGUACGCCUGUGAUGUUCUUGUCAAGCAACAGCAGCAGCAGGGACAGGGCCAGGGCCAGGGCCAGGGACAGGGACAGGGACAAGAUUGGCUGGUGGUGGAGGGAUUUGAGUUUGCCUUGGACAAGUCCAAGAUCUUACUUGGGUAA